AUGGUGCGGUUGCAGAUCGAGUUCAGGUGGGUCGCCGCAUGUCCCGCCAGGUUUCCCGCUCACCGUGUAAGGCGGACACGUCGUUCUGUCGUUGGCUCGCUGCGCAUCCUCCAUCUCCUCUUCCGCUCCCCUGACUUGCCCCGUCUCACAUUUCCGCGUUCCCCUUUCUCCCCGCGUUCCCCCGCCUCCGCGCGUCGCUCAUUAUCCCCGCGUUCCUCCAUUCUCCCCGCUUCUCCCGUUCCCCCAUCCCGCAGCGGAGGCUUGGAGCUGCUGUUCGGCGGAGAGAAGAAGCAGAGCGUGGAUGUGACUGUAACGGGGGAGGAUGGUCAGCUAUCCAUGGCGCCGCUGCUGGCGUGGAUGCGAGUGCACAUGCUCAAGGAGCGACCAGAGAUGUUUCUCAAGGGGCCCACCGUGCGACCAGGUGUGCUAGUGCUGAUGAACGAUGUGGAUUGGGAGCUCACUGGCAAUAUAGAGCGACCGGGUGUGCUAGUGCUGAUCAACGAUGUGGAUUGGGAGCUCACGGGCAACCUAGAAUCUACUGUGGAGGAUGGAGAUAGAGUCACUUUCAUCUCCACACUGCACGGGGGCUAG